GUUCCCGAUAAAGCUCUCCUCGCAAGCGAAGCUGAUGCCGAGCUUCUGGCCAAACUAGGAUACAAACAAGAGCUUCGUCGUAACUUCACCAUGGUCGAGGUCUUUGGCAUCGCCUUCAGUAUAAUGGGGCUUCUCCCAUCAAUCGCAUCUACACUCUCCUUCUCCAUCCCUGCUGGACCUGCUGGCAUGGUAUGGGGCUGGUUUGUUGCGUCCAUGUUUAUCUUCAUCGUGGGAGUCGCUAUGGCCGACCUUGGCUCUGCAAUGCCCACGUCCGGAGGUCUAUAUUGGUGGACACAUUACUUUGCUUCGCCAAAAACUCGCAAUGCUCUAAGCUUCUUGGUUGGAUAUUCAAAUAGUCUUGGUUUGAUUGGAGGGCUCUGCAGUAUUGAUUAUGGCUUUGCAUUGAUGUUCUGUUCAGUCAUUGUCGUCUCCCGUGAUGGCAACUGGACCCCGUCUAAUGGAGUCGUUUAUGCUGUCUUCCUCGCCUGUGUCAUCUGUCACGGUGUUCUAGCCUCGACACUGUCCAAAAUAAUGGGAAAAUUACAAACAGUCUUCGUUGCUAUGAAUCUGAUCCUCAUCCUCGCCACCAUCAUUGCUCUUCCAGUCGGCAAGCAUAUCAACUCAUCUCCGCGCAACGACGGGCACUAUAUUUUCGCCCAACUCGAAAACCUUACCACCUGGCCAACAGGUUGGUCCUUUAUGCUGGCAUGGCUCUCCCCUAUCUGGACUAUCGGAGCUUUUGAUUCCUGUGUGCAUAUCAGUGAGGAGGCAUCAAAUGCUGCCAAGGCCGUGCCAUACGGAAUCAUGAUGUCCAUCGGCUCCUGCUGGGUCCUAGGAUUCGUGAUCUUGAUUGUUAUCGCAGCGUGCAUCAAUCCCGACCUGGAAUCUGUCCUCGGUAGCUCCUUCGGCCAGCCCAUGGCACAGAUUUACUACGACGCCGUCGGCAAAAAAGGAACUCUUGGCCUGAUGUCCCUGUUGUUUAUCGUCCAAUUCCUGAUGGGCCUCUCCAUUCUCGUCGCCGCCUCCCGUCAAACCUGGGCCUUCUCCCGUGAUGGCGCCCUCCCAUUUUCCACGUUCUUCCGUCCAAUAUCCAAAUCAUUGGGGUAUAUCCCCUUCCGCUGUAUCUGGGGCUGCGUCCUCCUCGCCGCCAUUCUCGGACUUCUCUGUCUGAUUGCCUCCGCCGCUGCCUCUGCCCUCUUCUCUCUUGCUGUUGCUGGCAACAAUGUGGCGUGGGGACUUCCCAUAUUCUGCCGCGUUGUCUGGGGCCAACAUAAAUUCGUCCCAGGACCCUUCUAUACCGGUGAUCGUCUAUCUCCCAUCAUUGCCUGGGUUGCGAUCAUCUUCCUCAUUUUCGGCAUCAUACUCGCCAUGUUCCCAGAUGGGGGGCCCGACCCUACCCCGCAGACUAUGAACUAUACUGUCGUGAUCAACAUGGCUGUCUGGGGAGGAGCUCUCGCGUAUUAUUUCAUCGACGCAAGAAAGUGGUUUACCGGACCGAAGAUGACUAUCGAUGUUUCGACGAUGAGUGAGGAGCAACAGGAGACCGUAGCAGCUGAGGGAUUGGAGGUUGUAGCUGAAGGGGGCACCGCGAAGGUUGUGCCCCACAAAGUUAAUGAGGAGAAGAUAGGCGAAAAGGGUGAUAGUGGUGCUGAUUCUGCUUGAAAGUGAGUUUUCGUGCAUUCCCAGUUGUAAAGAGAACAUCCUCCGGAAGAUCUCAUGAGUGAAUGAAUAUGAGAGUUAGAGUCAUCUUGCCACCUAGCAGUGGGAGGUUGUACAAUGUCAACGAUGUGUUCACUGUGCCUAGUCGUGCUUUGCU